AUGGCCACCCCAUCUCUGGAAGAAUUGGUGAAACUGUUGGCUGCUUACCAGGAGUCCCAUGGAUCUUUGGACCAGGUGCUGUCUCAAGUUCAGCAGGCUGCAGGAGGACGACCAGAUCGGCGUGAGGGUGAUGAUUCAUCGCUCAGCGGGCGGAGGGCCAGGAGGUCAAGGCCUCCGUCGCGUUUAUCCCCGAGUCCAGUGAGGAGGAGCAGAGGUCGGAGUGUUCCACGCGUUGAGGGAGGCAGCGGUGAGGCCGGGCGCUUCCCAGCGCGAAGAUUGGCCAGUCGGAGGCGGAGAAGGGCCGGACAGGUGGUUGUGGAGUCCGGGCCCCAAGAUGGCGACGAUCAGGAUGGCGGGAACCCGGCCGGAAGGUCGCGCAGCCCGCGCGCUUCUCUUCCGGCGCGGGUGAGUGGGACGUCAUCACGCACGCAAGCCGGCGUGCGUGCAACGUCGGACGUCAUGACGCCGCGGCGCGCAUGCGCGCGGCCGACCCGGGCUGGAGCCGGAAGUUCCUCUGCGGUGCAGGAGCACCGUGGCACAGUGCAGAAAGGACCGCAAACGUGCGCAUCCGGCGCCUGCGGGUCCCAGCAGCGGGAAGCGGAUGGCAGCAGCUCUCAUUCCGGAUCUGAGGAUGGAGAUGCAGAAGCAGUGUUCCCCAGUGGGUCCGGUCUGCCUCUUGCAGCAUCAGCAC